UGAGUGAGGAAGAGAGAGAAGUAACAUAGAAAAACAUAAAGAUUUAGUGGAAAUUGGAGAUUGCACUUAGAAUGAAUACAUUCACCGUAUUGACUACAAUUAUGAACCAUAACUUCAAUAAUCUCCAUUCAGACAUUGGAUCUUUGCAGCCCGAUGACUCCAAACAGGCAGUUCUACAGCUUCCUACAUCGCAAGCCCAAACUAAGUGUUUAAGGCUUCACAAGUUGAUGUCUUUAAUUCUCUUCCAACCUUUGAUAUCCGACUAUCGACCAAAGAGCAGGUGUACUGCUCAUCAGUCCGCUCCGUCCUCCUGGCCACUGAGAGUGGAAGACAUGAAAAGAUUAGUUGUCUUUGAUCAUAGGUGCCUGCGCUCUAUCCAUAUCCCGUGUGAGGUGGCAUAAUAAGGUGAGCAAUAUUGAGAUUAGGCUUCGACUGCUAGGUAGGUGGGAGAGGAAAUCAAUUGACGGGGUUGUGAAGUUACAUCGACUGAGAUGGUUACGACAUGUGUUACGUAUACCUAGUCAUCGCCUUCCUCGACAAUGGGCAAUGUUAGCUGAUAUAGGGUCAGACUGGAAAAGAACUAGCGGUGGUCAAACAAAAACAUGGCACCAGUCAAUGAAACCUACAACAGUUAGUCUAAGCCACGUAGGAAGGUGUAGACUUCCUGACUGGUUGGG